CAGACAAAGCAGCAAUACCAUCACUCAGAAGUAAAUACAUGAAAGUAUUUGUGUUAGUUCUACAUUUAACAAAAUAUUGAAACUUCUUUGUGCCCUUGAGGUAUCGUCUGUCACUGAGAUUCAGCAUAACUAACUAGAGCAUACAGUCUGGACCAAGCAGUAUAAAUAGAAGGACUAAUAAAACGUUUUGUCUUACAGUGAUGUGACAAACAGCUGGUCUGGUACUCAAGGAGAUUCUGCCAGCUCGAGUGAUGAGACCUCCUCAGCCAAUGGGGACAGCUUGUUCUCCAUGUUCUCAGGGCCAGACCUCGUCGCUGCUGUAAAGCAGAGAAGAAAACACAGUAGUGGAGAACAGGAACCUAGUACACUACCAUCACCACCUCUUCUUUCUGCAGUAGAUGACCGUAAUCAGGAUAAUAAAACCAAAACCUGGCCUCCAAAGGCACCCUGGCAACAUACGUCCUCUGUCACGAAUACACUACCCAGUCAGAGUACAUCCUUGUACCCUAUGAGCAGCCCUGUCAGCCAGUGGAGUGACACGAUGCAGAUCCUUCAGUCACCCGUGUGGGCGGCAGCCAACGACUGUGCUCCAUCAACAGGAAUUUCCUCUAGCUUUGCCUACGCGCAGCAGCAGCAGUCACAGCAACAGGCUUCCCAGCACAAACAAAUGAAUAAGGGCUUUAAAUCUUUUCCAGUAAAGCACGAACGCAGACCAUCUUACCUGCAUCAAUACUGAUUGCUUUUCAUAUUGGAAAAUGCAGCACAGGGCCAAACAGUUACAAAGUAUGUGUACUUUUUUCACAGUUGUGUGUUGGCUAUAUCCUGUUUAUCUUAUUAAAUAGGGAAUUGAGGGGGGCUUGAGGAGAGGUAUAAAAACUCUUGAAUCUUAUUUACAGUGCUGAGCAAUAUGGCCAAUAUGUUUGUUCGUACAUGAAACAGCCCAAAACUGUGAUGUAGAAAUGCUUUUAAAAAUAUCUAUAUUGCCUUUACUUUCAAAAGCUUUUUUUUUUUAAAUAAAUAAAUAAAUAAUUGCUGAAGGACUACCAUACAAAAAACACUGUAUUUUGUAGCUAUUUUUCAUAUAGAUUUAUAGUUGACAUCUUACUGAAACACAAUGACUAUGUUGAAGCAAACAUAUAGUGGUCACUUUGCUCAACGCUGUGUUUAAAUUUGUAAUGGACAAGCUGGAAAGCCUUUGUUUCUUCCAUAAAUGGCCUGUGGGCAACUUUUUUUUUUUUUAAUUGAAGUGUAAGUGCAGCUUUUCAUGUGCCACACAAGCGAGUUCAUUAUAAAACUGUUGCAGAAGCAGUUAUGAAAUUGAGUGUUGUGGUAGUUUCCUUACUCAAAGUAUAGAUCAGCAGAACCACUCAAAUUUGUGUCACAAAUGUUAACUGAGCUGCUUAAAGUAGAUGGCACCUGUGUGGAUAAUAUGACACUGGUUUUCAAAUAAAUACAUUUGUUAGUGCUUCAUUCGGCCAAAGGCAUUAUCCACACAGUACUCCUUAAAUGUGUGAAAGUACAGCCUGAAAGACUACUUGCAUAUAUUUUAAAGUCUUAUUUCAGAUGCUAGUUGAUUUAAAA